UCCCGCUCUGGCCGCAGAGUCUUGGCCGCUCGCUUGGUUCGCCUUGGCCGCAGGACUUGUUUUUUGUUGUACCACAAGCGAGUUUGGCUUGGCCCCGAUUAAAACAAACGUGUCUUUGUGCCCGAAGCCCAGGUCCCACGUCGCAGUGCAACGAUGUCUACUCCGGGUGACCAAAACCCAUAACCCAUAACAGUUGCAGGCUGCAAAGUGGACUGACUCCGUCAGGAGUUUUUUGGAAAGCCCAGUAGAUAUUAUAAUAUUUUGGCCGAGGUGGCGCACAGGUGCAGGUGCUCCGCCCUAUUUUGAGUCCUUCUGCAGGCUGACACACAAAUAAGAUAAAGGGGCAGCAGGAGUUGGCUCGCACCAGUCCAGGAAUGUGAAUCAAGGAUACUCCAACGGAAUGAAAACAUAAAUCCAAAUACAGCCAGCUUUCCCGCUUCGGCACUGCCUCCUCGAAUCAGAAAAUAAAAAUUAGAAAAAAAUAAAAACGAAAGGGCCUAACUGGAUAUAGAAUCCGGCGGAAUGAGGGUGGGAUCGGAGGCUGGCUACGAUGGCCACGACUACGGCGCCGAUGACUCCAUGGGCAUCUCCCACCUGGACUGGCCCUUCCUCAUCAAGGGCAUCCUGGAGGGCCAGACAUGCACCCCCACGGCUCCGGAGCCCCUGGCCGCCAUCCUCUGGGCCAUAUUCGCGGUGUUUGGAAUAGUCUACGCCCUGCUGGGGUACCGCUGUCUGCGUGCCGUGGGCUUCCUCAGUGGCCUGAUGGUCGGCGCCAAUGGCAUCUUCAUCCUACAGGACUUCCAGAUCACAUUCCUGGGCAAGCCGGCGGACUCGGCUCUGGCCAUAGUGGCGGGCCUGUUAGGCGCCGUGCUGGGCUCCACCUACCCGGUGGCCUCCGUUCUGAUCAGCGCCUUUGCCGGAGCCCUGCUUUCCGGAGCGGCGAUGGCUGUGUGCGUGGCCACCAUGCCGGACAAUGAGUUUGGGUACCGCGAGAUUUACGUGGCUGUGGUGGGGGGAGCUGUCAUCUGCUCGGUGCUCACCCUCUGCUGUGUCAAAUACGUGACCAUUCUCACCUCUAGUAUUGUGGGCACAGCCAUGAUAAUCGGAGCCAUUGAUUUCUUUAUGCACGGCCUGGAGACCAUCAAUUGGAUCCUCAGCAUGCGUCCGCAUCCUUCGCCGCCGCCCUGUUACGGUGGGCUGCUGAUCGCCGCCUGGCCCGUCACCAUUGUCCUGAGCAUCAUGGUCCAGUGCUUCAUCACCGCCUGGCGUGUGGACCACAGGAAACGCGUCUACAUGCGGCAUCACAACCAUCCGGGUCACAGCCACGCCGCUCACCUGCCCCACGGCCAGCAACCGGCGGGGCCCACCCACGCCCAUGCGCCUGUACGCCGUUCGCAGUCCCGAACCCGGGAAACCCGGGAGGAGGCCAGGCAGCGCAAGUUCCGCUACCUCUACCAGGUGCGCACUGCCCGUGGGGACAUUAUUUCGCAGAACUUCGUGUCUGCCCUGCAGAAGCGCAUCCAACUGAGCGGCACCGAGACGCCGUCGGAGCGCUCCAUCAAGAGCAGCUCCAAUGAGCGGAACACGUUCCGCAGUGACCGCACCCACUUCACCACCAUCCACGACCCGGACUCGGAGCUGUGCGACAAGAUUGAGAUCGUCCGUGACAUUGGAUAACAAACAAGCAAUAGCUACAUGUAACUAUACCCGUAAGGGGGCUACGGGCUGCGGUACUUGGGCACGGAUAGGUCUCACUUGGGUCGGGGGGCAUAGGAUAUAGGAUCGGAAGGAAGUUCUGGGAGUCUAACAAGUACGGUUGCAUGUAGAAAUUGUAGAAACGAGCACAAAGUGCUGAGACGACAAGAUCGUGACAGAAAGUGGCAAGUCAGUGGGGAAGUGGAAGCUUUAAAUAUCGGGAGAUAUAUGCAUUUUGGAGCUGGAGUUUCGGGCUUUCCAGCACGAAGAACGGGAGGAGUCAUUGUAGUCUUUAAGAUGUGUGCACAGUUAGAAGCUCUAACUUAGGAUCUAAGACGAUUUUGUUCUCCUCUUACAUACUCGAAUGUUACUAAAUAUACGCAAAGAAAAAAACAUUUAACACUAAAAUCAACUUAUAGACCACUUACACUAAUUAUAUAUGUAUUCGUGAGUGUGACGAAUCUAAGAGUCUAAGAAUCUAAUCUCUAAGUUGACUUCCGGGAGUGAUUGCAUUGUAUUCCUUGAAAACCGAACACUAUACAGAAUACUAGUUACGCUUCUACCACUAACAUACAUAUAUAGAAAGGCAACCGCAAUUACUAAUCAGUUCAUAUCUGUGUUAUAAUUAUACGAUACAUAUAUCAGUGGCGGGUUCUAGACCUGCGUUUCGUUCCAUUUCCACUAUAAAAUAGGCCUAAGCAUUGCGUUAAAAACUCUAUUAAACCAAUAACAUAUACCUAUUAAGUACAAUAAACAGGAAAAACAGCUAAAACCAGAAAGAGAGUUACGUUACGGGAAGGAGUUACGUUUCUCCCAUGAUGUCAUACCAGGAAAGUCCUGUCCAGGCUUUUAAAUGUGUACAGUUGAAGCUGCAGCCGGUUAGAUUUAGACUAGAAUUAGCACUCGAUAAGCCAAACAGUUGAGCCAUUCACAGUAACACUCGAGAUGUCGCAGCAUGUACAACACAGCAAACUAAUUGCAUAAUCAGAAACCGGAAAUACCAAGGAUCCGCUCUAUCAACCGUCUUAUCAAGCACUUUCAGCACGACUGCUGGACUGCGAUGCAGAUACAGAUCUAACAGAUACAUGUAUAUUUAUUUUAAACUCCAAGACCCUUGAAAACUGCGGUACAAAAUCGAAUGAACUCCAAAAAUAAUGAUUCGUGCGUCGAGGCAUUUAAAGUUUAGUAAUAGAGUAAAAUAACAGACAUAAACAGAAUUCUAGAGCCUUAAUGAAGGAUUGGACAUUGCGUUUAAACAGUACUUUAUGAAUGGUUUUCAAAAGAGGAUAUAUAUGUAUUAAAAUAAACUGUUUUCGGGUUCCUGUUUUUUGUUGAAGAUUCAGUUUCUAGAAAUUGCUGCCGUCCGCAAUUGUUGAUUUUAAACCAUCCCUCUCCAUAAGUUGUUAUUCCUUCUCAAAGACUCCUAAUUUAAUCGGUUUAAGGUCAAAACGGUGUCCUUUCAAAUAGCGAAUUUUCGGCUCAGCAUUUAAUAGAAUUCUUGUCAGACAAGGGCUCAAAAAUUCAAUUUAAAAUAUGUAUUCUGCAUAAGGGUAAUGAUAACUGCGUACUAAAGUAGUAAAAAUCUAAAAAGGGUCUUAAAUUGCAUAUAAAAUAUAUAUGUAUACACUAAUAAAACAACAUUAACUAUUUAAGGCUAAACGAAGGCCAAAGAAAUUUAAUAAAUUAUGUUCUGGAUAGACGUUUCGGAGCUUUGAUUUUAAAAUAAAGAUUCAACAGGGUCUCCAGCGUCAAAAAAAAAAUAAAAUGAAUUAACAAAAUUGUAAUAUUUAAAGCAUAUAUUAAAUAAACGAUGCAGGCCAAAGAAGUAGUUUUCUUUUGGAAUAUGUUUGGGAAUGCCACCGAUUUUUUAGAAAUGGAGUUCAGAAACCAGUUGAAAGGUCCUUUCCGAAGUUUUUCGACCCAAUUUUCUUACAAAGAGACCAUCAAUUGUUUUACUUCAAUUAUUAUUCGAGUAAGUAGAAACUACUUUUAAGAAUGCGAUUAUUAGGAAUUCUAAUUCAGAUUAUUCUUUGAAGUGAUCUCGUUUUUGUCGGAUUGGAAGACCUAAAUACAACAAAAUUUGGUUGUUUUUAGAAUCUAGUUUUGACUAAAUGGCCUUACGUUGAAAAAUACGCAUUUUUGCAAAAAACUGCAGACUUGCCCGAAGCCCGAUAUUGUUGAUGAACUUAUGUUUAUUAACAAAAACCACCAUUUUUUGACUGUUGACCAUUGUCCAUUUUUAAGACUGUUUUGAUCUCU